CCCGCGGCGGCGCCUCUCCCGCCUUCUCCCCGCCCGCCCCGUCGCCGAGCGGGAGCCGCCAGCCGUGCGAGCGGAGCCGGAGCCGGGGCAGCCUCCGCCGGCCGCGCUGCCCCCCGCCUCGCCGCCCUGCCUCGCCCUGCCCGCCCUUCCCCUCCUUCCGUCCCGCCCAAGCCAUGAACUUUGGCCGCGGCCCCCCGGUGGUGUUGAACGUCGGGGGCACCCGGUACUCCUUCUCCCGGGAGGUGCUGAAGGAUUUCCCGCUGCGGCGGGUGAGCCGCCUGCACGGCUGCCUCUCGGAGCAGGACGUGCUGGAGGUGUGCGACGACUACGACCGGGAGCGGAACGAGUACUUCUUCGACCGGCACUCGGAGGCCUUCGGCUUCAUCAUGCUCUACGUGCGGCACGGCCACCUGCGCUUCGUGCCGCACAUGUGCGAGCUCUCCUUCUACAACGAGAUGAUCUACUGGGGGCUGGAGGGCUCCCACCUCGACUACUGCUGCCAGCGCCGCCUCGACGACCGCAUGUCCGAGACGUGCACCUACUACGCGGCGGAGGAGCCGCCGGGGGAGGCGGCGGGCGGCCCCGAGGGCAAGGGCCGGCGGCCGGCGGCCGCCGAGGGCGGGAAGUGGCUGGAGAGGAUGAGGAGGACUUUCGAGGAGCCCACGUCUUCCGUGGCCGCCCAGGUCCUGGCCACCGUCUCCAUCCUCUUCGUCAUCGUGUCCAUGGUGGUGCUGUGCGCCAGCACCCUGCCCGAGUGGCGGGCGGCGGAGAACCGCAGCGUGGAGGAGCAGAGCAGGUACACAGCAGAGUCAGUGAGGGAGCCCUCAGGGAUAAUUGAAGCUAUCUGCAUAGGCUGGUUCACUGCAGAGUGCAUUGUGAGGUUCAUCGUCUCCAAAAACAAGUGUGAGUUUGUCAGAAGACCUCUCAACAUCAUUGAUUUACUGGCAAUUACUCCUUACUACAUCUCUGUUCUAAUGACAGUUUUCACAGGGGAGAAUUCACAGCUUCAGAGGGCUGGAGUCACCUUGAGGGUCUUAAGAAUGAUGAGGAUUUUUUGGGUGAUUAAACUGGCUCGUCAUUUCAUUGGCCUUCAAACACUUGGUCUGACUCUGAAGCGUUGUUACAGAGAGAUGGUGAUGCUACUUGUCUUUAUCUGUGUUGCUAUGGCAAUUUUCAGUGCACUUUCCCAGCUUCUUGAAAAUGGGCUGGACUUGGGAACAAAGAAUAAGGAUUAUGCCAGCAUUCCUGCUGCUUGUUGGUGGGUGAUCAUCUCGAUGACCACGGUUGGUUAUGGUGACAUGUGUCCCAUCACUGUACCAGGAAGGAUUCUUGGAGGAAUUUGUGUGGUUAGUGGCAUCGUUUUAUUAGCCUUGCCGAUCACUUUCAUUUAUCACAGCUUUGUGCAAUGCUACCAUGAGCUCAAGUUCCGAUCCGCUAGGUACAGUAGAAGCCUCUCUGCUGAAUUCUUAAAUUGACCAAACUUGCAUUCUGUUGUAGUUACUUGCUAAGCUUUGUCUUAGAAGAGAAUGGUGGAAGGUCCUUUCGUGUGUCCUCCUUGACUGGAUGGUCCUGUGGAACAACAUUCUCGCCAGCCUGGAGAAAGCCCGUCACCAUUCAGACAGGAAGGAUGGCCAUUUGCCUUGGGCACCUUGCAGGGAGUUUCAAAUUUGAGAGAACAAAAAUAACAAAAGAGGGUUCAGAAGUCCUCAACCAGACUAGCUUGGUCUUCACUUUGCCUUUCCACACAAAAGCAGACCAGAACAUGGGCUUAACACUGAGAUCUGUCAUUCCCAUAAUUACAUCCUAUGCCAUUCUAAGUAACGUGUAGCAGAAGUUUUUCAAAGAUUUCAAUAUCUAAAUGCUCCAUAAAGGCAUUGAUAACUUCGAGCCUGAAGUAUCAUCUCCACCUUUAACUGAGAUAACCAAAUCAGAUACUGAAGGAGAAUUGCUGCUACUUUUGAGGUUCGCAACAGAGUAGAACUGUUCUGUAACUCAGGAAAGAUGAAGAAUAUAGGUCUGUAGGGCAAAAAAUCUUGAGGCCCGAUUCUGAUCUUUGAUGAAGCACACAAAUCUUCUGUAAAACUAGUGAACUCAGUGGCAUUGCUCUGAAUUUGGUAACUCAAAGAAGUGCAAGAAGUGCACCUCUGAAUGUUGGAGCAAGGACUUCCUUAGCCACAAGUAAUUUCUCUGGAACCAAAUAGUUAGUAGAAGCAAGUGUUGUACUUCAUAAAGAUCAGUAUAAAAAAAAUCAGGCAUUGAUAAAUAUAUUUUCUGGUAUGGUGCAAGAGCUAUCCAAAUUUUAUGUACAUUGAGUUCAGUUCCAUCCACCUGAAGUUACAUACUCAUAAGCAUAGAUUCUUUUCCCCCCAUUUUAUCAAACAUAUAUAUCAUAGUGAACGUUCUCUAAGACAAAUGAUAAGAUUCCAUCCCUUGAAACAGUCUGGAGAAAGCACUGAAAAACAAGAGUAGCUGCUCCCUGUCAGAUGAGCCUUUUCCUCAUCUUUAAAUUCUGCAGUCCUUACUGAAGGAUACGCUUUACUUUAAGGGAAGUUUUAAAAACAACUGUAAAAAGCCCAGAGUGUACCAAAGGAAGUAAAAUAUAGAAGCGUGAGUUGCGCUUGGCAAAAUGGUAUAUUCUCCAAUGUAACUAGCAGAUUAAAAUGAAUCAGGUUAGGUUCUGAAAUAUUGUUCACUACAUUUCUUGUGUAGUACUGCUUAAUAGAAUAGUUCGGUAUAAUUCUGAAAGGCUGCUCUGUAGAAAUGUGCAGUUAGAUACUAAAAUACAUUACAGUACAGCUUUAUGAAUUUGGGUACCAAUAAACAUCAACAGGGAGCUUUGUUGCUGACAUGGAAGUUCAGAGUCAUCAGCAUAGGUGGAUUUGGUGCGCUUGCCUGAAAAUACUGCAUUUACUAUUACUGUGCUGUAGAAGCAUCUUUUAUAUACGUAUUUGUUAAAAGCUUUAGAAGUAAAAUGACUACCACCUAGAAAACACAUCUCUGGAAUUGCUCACUCAAAUAAAAGUACCUCAUUGGUCAGUAACCAGUACAUUGAAGGCUCCACUCUGAGACCGGAAAAAUUCAUUAUCAUUUUAAGUGGUCUUAGUCUUUAGCAGUCUUAAAGAAUUACAUUGCAAAGAAGAAUUUUUCUGAAGACCUGAAAAGAAUUUUAGUAGCCUUCUUUACAGACAAGCUUGACUUUUCCUUCAGUAGUUUUUCAAGACUACAUUAUUAAGUAACGUUACAGCCAUACCUCUGUU